CAUCAAAAGAAGCACAAAUAUUUCAACUACCUAAUAAUAAUUUCUGAUGACAAUCCUACCACGAGUACUUAUUAUAGUAGCUAGCAAGGAGGUGCUCAUUCAGUGGAGACAUUAAACACUAACAUUUCCUAUGGAAUCUUCACUACUGGAUAACCGUGGCAACUCUAGUCAUGUUAAGAAGGAGAAGCCACAAAACUUGGUCCAGAGAUUCGGAUUUGAGUCAAAAAAGCUAUGGAUACUAGCAGGCCCUGCUAUUCUGACUUCUAUAUGUCAGUACUCUCUUGGUGCACUCACCCUAACAUUUGCUGGCCUUGUUGGUGAGCUAGAUCUUGCAGCAGUUUCUGUUGAAAAUAAUGUUAUUUCUGGGCUUGCCUAUGGAAUCAUGUUGGGUAUGGGGAGUGCUUUGGAGACUCUGUGUGGGCAAGCAUAUGGUGCUGGUCAGAUGAGGAUGUUGGGAGUGUAUAUGCAGAGAUCAUGGCUCAUUGUGGUCACUACUGCUGUUAUUUCGGUACCUCUUUAUGUUUGGUCACCUCCCAUAUUGAAGUUCAUAGGACAGACUACUCAGAUUGCAGAUGCUGCUGGAAAAUUUGCUGUAUGGAUGAUACCACAAUUGUUUGCAUACGCUAUAAACUUUCCAAUCCAAAAGUUCUUACAGGCACAGGGGAAAGUCCUGGUGAUGUUAUGGAUAUCAACAGUUGUUUUGGUGUUACACACUUUUUUUAGUUGGCUUCUUAUAUGGAAGUUGGGAUGGGGAUUAAUUGGAGCAGCAAUUACUCUAAACACAUCAUGGUGGUUGAUUGUCAUUGCACAAUUGUCGUACAUUUUCAUCACUAAAUCAGACGGAGCUUGGAGUGGAUUCACAUGGCUAGCUUUUGUAGACUUGUUUGGUUUUCUAAAGCUUUCUUUGGCUUCAGCUGUUAUGUUAUGCUUGGAGUUUUGGUAUUUGAUGAUACUAGUGGUGAUAGCAGGUCGUUUGGAAAAUCCAGUAAUAACUGUUGAUGCCAUAUCUAUCUGUAUGAACUUAAAUGGAUGGGAUGCCAUGAUCGCAAUUGGGUUCAAUGCUGCUAUAAGUGUGAGAGUAUCAAAUGAACUAGGGGCUGGGAAUUUUCGGGCUGCAAAGUUUUCAGUGUGGGUGGUUUCGAUCACAUCAGUAUCCAUAGGUAUUGUUGCCAUGAUCAUAGUGCUAGCAACAAGGGGUUACUUUCCAUACUUGUUUACCACGAGUGUUGCAGUUGCCAAGGAAACAACUAUGCUUGCUGCUUUGCUUGGUGUUACAGUACUUCUAAACAGCCUUCAAAUGGUCUUGUCUGGUAUUGCUGUUGGAGCUGGUUGGCAAUCUCUAGUAGCAUACAUCAACGUUGGGUGUUACUAUAUUGUUGGAUUACCAGCAGGGAUAGUCUUGGGAUUCACGUUUGGUUUUGGAGCAGAGGGUAUUUGGUCAGGGAUGAUUGGAGGCUUAGUUUUGCAGACAAUAAUCCUUAUAAUCAUCACUUCAAUAACUAACUGGGAAAAAGAGGCAGAAGAAGCUGAGAGUCGUGUGAGAAAGUGGGGAGGAUCAAUUUUGUGAGUAACGACUUUAACCAAGAUCGAAUUAUGAGAAGCUACAAAUGUGUCGCACAACCUCACUCACCUAAAUUUUUAUGACUCUAGACAAUUAGAUUGGGACUCGAUGAAAUUGCAUCAAGAAUUAGAACUUGAAAAUUUUCAACGUGUAUGCUCCUAUUAAAGAACACACUUGUACUCAUUGGUGAGUUCUAAAGUCAAUUGCAAAAUAAAAAAAAAAUAAAAAAGUCUUAUGUGUGUGACCUAGUGUGAUCAACGAGAGAUGAAGACCCUCUCUAAUUGGAUUAAUAAUUGUUUCCACCUUUUACAAGGGUGGUGAGGAUGAUGCCUAUCUCACGAGCUAAGGAAGGGUUGUG